AUGAAAAGGAAGGAAGGUGGGGGGGGGAUGAGUGUGGGAAUAUGGGGGAGGGGAGAAAGGAAGAAGGUGGGGGGGGAUGAGUGUGGGAAUAUGGGGGGGAGAGGAGAAGGAAGGAAGGGGGGGGAAGUUAUGGAGGGGGGUGUGGAGGGGGGGUGUGGUUUGUUUAAGGGGGGUUGGGUUUAUGGUUUGUGGUAUUGUUGGUGGGGGGUGGUUGUGUUUGGUGUGUGGGGGGGGGGUGUGGGUGGGGUUUGGGUGGUUGGGGUUGUGGGGGGUGGUGGUGGGGUGAGGGGUGGGGGUUUUUUGGGGGGGGUGGUGGGGGGGGGGGGGGGUGGUGGGUGGUGUGGGGGGUGGGAUGGGGGGGGGAGGGGUGGGUGGGGUUUUGUUGUUGGGGGGGUAUUGGGGUGGGUGUUGGGUGUGUGGGUGAGGGGGGUUGUGGGGGGUGUUGGGGGUUGGGGGGUGUGUGUUUGGGUGGUGUGUUGGGGGGUGUGUGGGGGGGGGGGGUUGGGUGGGGUUUUGGGGGUGGUUGGUAUUGGGGGGUUUUUUGGGGGGGGUGGGGGGUUGGUGGGUAGGUUUGGAGGUGGUAGUUGGGGGGGGGGGGGGGUGGGGGGUGGGUUUUGUGUGUGGGGGGGGUGUGGGGGGGGUGGUUUGAGGGGGGUGUUUUGUGUGUGUGGGUUGGUGGUUGUGGGGGUGGGUGGGGGUGGGGGUAAGAUUGGGGGUGGGGUUGGGGUUGGUUGGGGGGGUUGUUUUGGGGUGGUGGUGGGGGUGGGGGGGGGGGGGGGGGGUGUGUUGGGUGGGGUGGGGUGGGGGGGGGGGGAGGUGGUGUGUGGUGGGUGGGGUGUGUGGGAGGUGUGGGGGGGGAUGGAGGAAGGGGAUUGGGGUGGGGGGGGUGAGGGUGGGGAGGUGAUGUUGGGUGUGGGGGGGGUAGGGUUAGGGUGUGUGGAAGUGGGUGGGGGUUGUUUGGAGUUUGGGGGUGUUGUGGGUGUGGGGGAUUGGUUGGGGGGGGGGGAAGAGGGGUGGGAUGAUUAG